UGAAAGCUGGGAGGCUACAAUGGUCGCCAAUUUCAGGAUGCGGACGCACUCUCUCCCACUGGCGACCUUCAUCAUCUCGAAACCUCGCUUCUUCCCUAAUCUCACCUUCCGCUCUCAUCCUCUCUCUCUCUGUCCUCUCUACGUUGCCUCUACCUCCACCACCACCCUUAGUCAAGCGCUUUCUUACGGACCUUCUCUCCAGAAGGGCCACAAACCUUCUCAGUACAACCCUCCCCUCCCAAAACCAUCCACUGCCACUGUCCACAAAUUAUCAGAAGAAAGACGCGCAGGAGACGAUGUCGACGACUUAAUUGACAGGGAGAAUUUCACUCGUAUCUUUGACGUCGCGGCCCUUCAGGUCCCGGCCAAGCAUUGUUUUGUCCUCGAAAGCCGGCUCCGUGGCCACCUCUUGAACUGGCCUCGUAUUCGAAACAUCGCUAGGAUUCCGGGUGACGAAGUUGAAGAAGGUGAGUCCCUAAACCUUCUCAAAAUCCAAAACAUAAAUUCUUAUGCCAUUGAGGACUGCGAAAGCUUAGCGCCUCUGAAUCGAGUAAAUGGAAAAACCGAUGAAGAUGGUGAACAAUUGAGCCCCGUUCUGUACAGGGAUAACCUCGCAAGGACCUUUAGUUCACGGGGUUUCGUUAAGUUUGGGAAUCUUGCGAGGCUCUCAAGACCGAAGAAGAGGAAGAAGUUAGAGGGGCAGAAGAAAGGAAUUGGGAAGAAUGAGUAUGCUAUGGUGGAGAUUGUUGAAGAAGAGGAAAAAGGGGAGGAGGAGGAGGAUGACUUCAGUGGAUUGCUGGGGUUUGAGUUUAAGGCAAGGAAAUGGAGGGGUUCGACUCGGUUGUUGCUUUUGGAUGAAAAGCAUGCUGGAAAAAGCUUGGAUCAGUUGCCGGGGGCAAUUAAGGCAGUUUUGAAAGAGGAUAGCAGGAAAGAUACAGUGUCAUCUUUCAGGCUUUUAAGAUGCAGGCUCACUCUGUUUUACAAUUACUGGCAGUUGAAUGAGCAGAUUUUGGAGGUCUUGCUCCCAAAGGGUAUGAUUGUUCCUUCAGCUUUUGAAACAGUUGGGCAUAUUGCCCAUCUGAACCUGAGGGAUGAACAUCUAUUGUACAAGAAAAUUAUUGCACAGGUAGUCUUGGACAAAAACAAGCCGAAGAUACGGACAGUUGUCAAUAAGAUUGAUGCUAUUCAUAAUGACUAUAGAACAAUGCAGCUUGAAGUGCUAGCUGGAAAUCAUUCCCUUGUAACUACAGUAUUCGAGAAUGGACUGCGUUUUCAUGUUGAUUUAGCAACAGUGUAUUGGAAUUCAAGGCUAGCAACUGAAAGGCGGAGGCUUCUAAAUUACUUCACAAGUGAUGAUAUUGUUUGUGAUGUUUUUGCUGGAGUGGGUCCUAUAGCCAUAUCUGCAGCAAGAAAAGUGAAGUAUGUUUAUGCUAAUGAUCUGAACCCCCAUGCCAUUGAAUAUCUGCAAAGGAAUUGUAUCUUGAACAAGCUUGAGAGGAAGAUAGAGGUAUUUAACAUGGAUGGAAGGAGGUUCAUUAAUACUGUUUUUACAAGUCUGGAAGCUCAAUUUAUCACGCAAGUAGUCAUGAAUUUGCCAAAUAAUGCUGCAGAAAAUCUAGACGUGUUCAGGGGGAUAUUUAGGACACGUCCCAAGGAUGGAGUAAUUAAGUUGCCAAAGAUCCAUGUUUAUGGAUUCUCAAAAGCCCAAGAUCCAGAGUUUGAUUUUCACGAGCGGAUAAGAGUUGCCAUGUCAGAAGUGGCAUUUGAGGUAGAAAUGCGAAGGGUUCGGCUUGUUGCACCAGGAAAAUGGAUGCUGUGUGCAUCAUUCAUUCUGCCUGAGAGCGUGGCAUUCGCGAAAAUACUAUAAGUUCAUUGGGUAUUGAAAGAUGAGGUGGGUCAUGAUGUGCCUGUGAUGCAUUAUUGACUCUACAGCCAAGAAAGUACCCGUUCCAAGAAGAACAAAACUGAAGAGACGCAGUAGAGGGUUGAGACGUACCUAGGAUUUUGAUUGGAUGCCGUGGGAAGCAUUCACUCAACCCACUAGAAUUAAAUUUUCAAACAUCUUAAAUUUUGUACAUUGUAAUUCUUACUAUUCAUUUCUAAAAUUUUUCACAAAAUAAAAUUUUCUUCAGGUGUCAUUCAGCUUAA